AUGUUUUCCUCGAUGCGUCGUAAAAGGCGUUUCUCGAGUUCAGCCUCAUCGAAACAGAAAGAUCAACAAGAAAACAACAAUAGUGAAGGAUCGACAGCGGUGGCAUCUCGUGUCCGACGAGUGAUUCAAAUCGCUUCAUGGCACGUUGCACUGUACAUUGGAGUGUUGUUGUACAUCUUGAUGGGUGCGUAUGCUUUCUUUUGGUUUGAAGGAGAACACGAGGACCGAACACACGAAAUACACAGGGAAAUGAUUGCCUCAUUAAAGACUCAAUUUGUUCAUCAAUUAACUACGACAAAUAAGGAAGAUGAAAUCAAUCAGCACCUUCUUUACUUUAUUAGAAAUCUCUCUAAACAGCACAUUCCUUUGGAACACUAUCUUAUCAUGGAAACAGCGAAUAAACCGCUUCCAAAAAGAUGGACGUAUCAAUCGAGUAUUCUCUUUUCUUUUACUAUUUUGACAACUAUUGGGUACGGUGAUGUGGUGCCAAAAACGCAUAACGGGAAAAUUUUCACAAUGGUUUUUGGAGCGAUCGGCAUUCCGCUUUUCUUGAUCACAAUCGCUGAUCUUGGUUCAUUCUCAAAAACGGGUAUUAUGACAAUUGUACAGCUUAUGUAUAAAAAGGAAUUGAAAAAACAAGGCGAAAUGAAAAUGUUGAGGGAAAUUGGGGAGGUGCUGCUUGUGGCUGCAAUCUUUUUGAUCUUUAUCGCUGCCGGAUCGGCGAUUUUACCUCUCUGGGAGGAGGAUCUCUCCUACUUUGAUAGUGUUUAUUUUUCUUAUAUGAGUCUCACCACAAUUGGAUUGGGUGACAUUGUGCCUAGGCGGAUGGACUUUUUGUUGCCUACCUUGGUCUAUCUAACGAUUGGACUAUGGUUGACAACGGCGCUUGUCGAGCAAUUGGCUGAUGUCUUCCGUUUAGUCCACUAUGCGGGCAGGAAAGUCAAGAAUGUGAAAGGGAUAUCAGUGUGGCUGGGAGGAAGGCGGCUUUCGAUGGGCAGUCUCAUCCAAACAGUUUGUCGAAGAGUCGGCAUGAGUGAUCAUCUCAUUGGGCAAAUCAAUUGGGAUCGAACACUGGAUCAGGCAUUGUCCGGCAUAAUGCCUCCAUCAGUGCCAAUCUUUCCCUGGCAUUUCGCUGAUUUCGUUGACCACGAUCCUCCACUGAUCGAUUUGAGUAUUGACUUUGAUCAAGCGACCGUAAGUAUGGAUGGUAAUUCGUAUUACCCUCCUCAUCCAGCGUCAGCUCGAAAAUCUCGUCGUACCUCUCAAAUGAGUGCUCCAGCUUAUAAUCCAGUAAAUAUCACUCAGAUGAUCACGGACUCCGAGGAAGAGGUCAAUCAAGAUUUCCUUGAUCGAAAAGAGAAUCAACGAUUUUUGAGAAGAUUGAAUCGG